AUGAAUUUCGAUGCUGGAGGUCCAUCAUAUUUAUCAUCAUCUUCAUAUUCGGAUGAUGAUAAUUUUCUGUCCAAUAUCAUUACAGAGAUUGAUGAAACCGAAGAAGUAAUUUGUGAGUACAUCAACAACAACAUGAUCCCCGCUAACAAUUUACAUCAACAAAACUACCAACCAAUCCAUGGUGGCUCGAUUCCCGAUCAUACAGUGAUCAACCGCGAUCGAGAAACUGCGCAUCAGAAUUUGGUCAUAGAUUACUUAGCCGAUAAUCCACGUUUUGAAGAAGAUAUGUUUCGUCGUCGAUAUCGGAUGUCAAGAAGUUUAUUCCUUCGUAUUGUUGAUGCAGUGAAAGAUCAUGACUAUUACUUCCAACAACGAAGUGAUGGACUUGGUAGAAUAGAAUUAUCACUGUUACAGAAAGUAACAGCUGUUUUCUGCAUGUUGGCAUACAGUCUACCAGCUGAUACUAUGGACGAAUACGUUAAAAUAGGUGAGUCAACAGCAAUUGAAAGUAUGACAAAAUUUUAUCGUGCUAUGGUGGAGAUAUUCGCAGAGCGGUAUCUACGAACACCUAAUGCUAAAUAUAUUUCUAGGCUACUCUAUAUUGGACGUAGUGGGUCACCAACUAUUAUCCUUGAAGCUGUGGCAGAUUAUGAUCUUUGGAUAUGGCACGCAUAUUUUGGUAUGCCAGGCACCAAUAAUGAUAUCAAUGUGCUGGAGUCAUCUAAUAUUUUCUCUAAUCUAGCUCAAGCUGAUGGUAUAUAUCCAAAAUGGGCUACUAUUGUACAAACAAUCCAACAGCCACAAUGUAGGAAGACAAAAUAUUUUGCCAUGAAACAGAAAGCAUGUAGAAAAGAUGUAGAACGUGCGUUCGGAGUUCUUCAAUCACAAUUUGCAAUUGUGGCAGGAUCAGCACGUUUUUGGAAAAAACAUGUAUUACAUGACAUAAUGAUUGCAUGCAUUAUUAUGCAUAAUAUGAUAAUCGAGGAUGAACAUGACCUUUAUGCACCAAUUCAAGAAGUGAGGGAAAUACCAACACCAGAAGUUGAUAUUGUAGCAGAUGAAACUACAAGUUUUACUCAAUUUAUUACACGUUACAGACAAAUCAAGGAUAAAGAUGCCCAUAUUGUGCUUUGUAAUGCAUUGAUAGAUCAUUUAUGGGAGGAAUACACUAUUUCAGAUAGUUAA